GGUGACAUAAAGUACUAGUUUCCUUUUUCAAUUAUUCUCUGGCACAAAGAGAGUCCCUCACUCCACCAUUAAUUUAUAAAGAAUUUCUUAAUUCUACGUUUCAUAAUUUAAUUAUUUUAAUCGUCAAAUUCUUAUUCCGUUCAUAAAAUCGGAUCGAUCUAACUCAAUUCAGUGAAACUGCUGCGAAUUUUGAAGGAAAAAGAGAGAGUUAAAUUUAAGAAAAAAUGGUGUCGGCAAAUAGGGAAAUGGCUGUUUACUGCUUCGACACGCUGGUGGCUCACUACAACAGCGAACAGGCUCCUCCUCCUGCCUUCGAUGAGGGUCAACACCCAUUAUUUGUAACCUGGAAGAAAGUGGUGAAUGGAGGGGAGCCUCGUUUACGUGGAUGCAUUGGAACUCUUGAAGCUCACUGCAUAAUCAAUGGUUUCAGGGACUAUGCUCUAACAAGUGCCCUUAGGGAUCGUCGAUUUCCCCCAAUACAAGCUAAAGAAUUGCCUUACUUGCAAUGUACAGUUUCCAUUCUGACAAAUUAUGAAACUGCUCGUGACUAUCUUGACUGGGAGGUCGGAACGCAUGGGAUGAUUAUUGAAUUUACAGAUCCUGAUUAUAAUACUAGGCGAAGUGCCACGUACUUGCCUGAGGUGGCUGCUCAUGAAGGCUGGACAAAGAUAGAGGCAAUUGACUCAUUGAUUAGGAAGGCAGGUUACAAUGGUACCAUCAAUGAGUCACUGCGGAAGCGUAUUCGGCUCACCCGUUACGAGAGCACCUUAUUUACCAUGCACUUCAGUGAGUAUGUUGCUUAUGUCAAGGCAGCUAGAGGUGCUGCUCCAGCUAUUAAUGGGACAAAAGUACACUAAUUGUUUCUUACCUUUUUUAAGCCACAACUGAUAUUGGAAGGUACUUAAUUUAAAUUGAAUUAUUAUGGUUGGGACUAAGUUCUAAUUGUUCCAACACAUUGCAGUAAUUGUUAUUGCUUCCGUUGUAACUAUUUUUCUUCAAAUUCAUUUGAUUUUGAAGAAAACAUAAAGGAAACUGAAGUUGUAUUUGGUGAACAUUUUUCAGCUCUUCUGGGAAAGGGGUGCAGUGUUGUAAACUAAUCCCCUGUUAUAAAAUUGUUGCUGUGUCUAUAUUUUUGUC